AUGCAGGAAUUACUUGACCGAAUCAACAAAGAAUCGGGUAAUCGGCAUGUGAAAUCGCGAAAUGUCCUGGGAUCGGGUCGGAAUGAAAAUGAACAUGUUGAAAAUGAGGAGAUGGAGGAAGAAGGGAGUGCCAACAGUUAUGCACAUAGAGCUGGACACACCUUAUAUCAGCAAGCACCCUCGUUUGAGCAAGAAGAGCAUGUCCACAAUGUUUCACAAUCACAGAGUGGUGAUUUACCCCUCCCUCCCCCUCUCCCCCCGAAUUCGACGACUUCGUAUUACCCUGCCUGGAGGUCGUAG